AUGAUUGAUCCUCGGUGUAUGGAGGUUUCAGACCAGCCCAGCGUAGGGCUCGACCGCCUGAAGGUGAAGAAGUACAGCUUCAAGUCUACGACCGCAGCCAUCAAAGGACAGCGCGUUCCAGACGCUCUUGGCCUUCCGCUCUUGCGAAUCUGCACUAUACGCGGCAUACGAUACAAUGACGGCUUCGGCGAAGAAUUGAGGGGUUCUGCUCCAGAGUUCACUCGGGCCCUCAAUGCACGAGACAUCAUGAGCAACCGCAUACCGCAUAUCGAGAACACCGACGAGGACACCCCUUAUUGCAUUUGGCAUCCAAACACCGCACUGGAAGCGACUUACCGUGAGAUUGCGCAUAAGUAUCCACACAUGCGCUAUCAAGUUGGUCGCGCCUGUGCAGUCGCCGGCUACACCGAACUCUUCCUGGAGCUAAACUUGCGCCCAGAUGCGCACAUCGCCGAAGAAGCUCGAGAGGCAGGUCAUAUGGCAAUCUAUGGCCACAUCAUGGCCAAGCCAUCAGUCUACAGCAUCAUGGACGACUACAACAGGACUGUCAACAGCGCCACGCCAGACGUGUCAUGCUUAAAUGGCGACACUGCAGUCUGCUCAUCGCUAGACAUCAAGCAGGCGUUCACAGAAGCAACAGUGCCUGAGAUCAUCGAUGGAGAGGAGUUUCCCGGCUUCUUGGAAGAUGCUGGUUACGUGGAGAACACCUUCGAUAUCACAGAGGACAUGUGCAUCGACAUCACAACAAGCGAGGGCCCAUCUCACCUCACCGCCGAAGCUGUCGCUCGUAGGAAGACAUUGAUCGGCCUCCUGACAGAGUCACUCCCGACUCACCUUCCAACUGUAGACAAGGACCUACCCAUCUGCAUGGCAGCCUACAAUGGAGAUAUUGACAGGUAUGGUCGCCUCAGACGACCAAAGAUGGUCGAGGGAGAGCCUCAGUGUUGCGUUCGCGGCAUCUACCACAACACCAUGUUUGCGAUAUGGUGGUCGAAGCAGACUCUGCCAGCAGAUGACGAAGGCGCUCUCUCCAAAGCCAUCUGCGCACGCUUCAUCAUGAACAACGUCCUCUCCAAAGUCUCCUCCGACAACUUACCCUACCUGAUUUGGUACCCUACCGUCGCGGCGCCAACGACCUACCGCAAAGUCGCCCAGAUUGUACCUCAGACAAUCCCACAAGUCUUGAGGGCUUGCAUCGUCGCCGACUACGUUGACCUCUUCGACGAGCUGUCCACAGACGCAAUACCCGACGAUGCCAUCCUGAAAGAAGCUGCACUAAGCCCCAAUCGACACUACGAGCAGGCUCUCCUGGCUCGAGUUGCUGUCGCGGGAAAGCGGAAGAUCGCGCCGUACGAAGAAUGGAAGCUUGGCACUCAUCGCGAGCUAAACGGCUCCGCCAUAGAUGUCCCCAUGUCAAGGGUCUGGCUCGCACCUUCGACCCAUCCCUAUACUCUUUACAACGUUCAUAGGGGCGAUGUGAGUAGGCUGGAGCUGUUGGCGUGUUUGCCUGAAGAGUGGAGGAUUGGAGUCGAUGACGAGGAUACUGAGAAGGAUGUCGACUACAUCGAUCAUCCUUUGGAGUUGAACGUGUAA